AACUCUACAUAUACACGCACCGUAGGAUAUGCCGAUCAAGAACUGGGGGCAACUGCCUCAGGCAGAUGAAGAUGCCCUACACAAUGUAUCGCGACUCCUGGCCGUUGAAGUCCGUCCUUUUUCGCGUGUCUCCACUCGCCUCAUGAAAAACGAUAAUGUCACCACUCAACGCCCCAAACAACUCCCAUCGCCGCCCCCAGAUGCUUCUGCCGCGGACGAAAGCGCCGCCGCGAUAGCUGCCGAACGCGAGAAUCCGAUUGCUAAACUGAAAGGCUGGCAAAAUGAUCUUAUGAGCGACUUGGAGCUUUUGGAUUUCACCGUGCUGCGUUUUGAACUUACGACGAAAAGCAAUAUUGUUGAACGAGAGCGAUAUGCGCAAGAGAAAAUUGCAAUCAAGGACAAGCAGGAGUACGUGAAGCAGACAAUCGAAAAUCUGCGCGUGGAUUUGCAGAAUGCAAAAGAAACACUGGAGGUUCGCAAAUCGUACGAUGAGUUGACGGAGAAAAUCACCAACAGCAAGAUGCUUAAGACGAGGCACGAACAGCAUGUCGCCCAUGCGAAGUUGGAUGAAGAAAUCUCAGAGCUGCAAAAUGAGGUGGAAAAUGCUAAGGCUACUUGGAAUGAGCGCCGCCAGCAGUUUUUCCGUAUUGAUGAGGCUGCCCAGGCAAUGCAUCGCAUGAUCAAAGACGAGAAGGAGGAGGCAGAGCGCAAAGAGGGUAUGAUGAAGGACAGAGAUGAGGAGGGCGACGGCGAUACCACCCGCGGGGAUGUUAGUCAUGCGGGUACACCGCGGCCAGAUGGCGGUAUGACCCCCAUUCAUGUUAGCCAAUCUGCGGACGCUUCGAACACGCUCAAAGUUCCCCAAGAUCGACUUGCACCCCUAUCGAGAAGCCAGAGUGUGGCGUCUACAUCUCGACGAUCCAUUAUUGAUGAGGACACAAAGAUGGAGUCGAUGGAUACAGCGGAGGAUGGCCAGGAGGAUGAUUCUUCGGGAUUAGAAGAAGGAGAGGACAUUGAAGAGGGAGAGCACGAGGAAGGGCAAUCCGAACAAGCGGGGGGCUCUGAUCGUGAAAUGGAUGGGUAA